AUGGAGUACUCUCAAGUUCCAUAUGCGUCCCUCUUUGGCCUUGCAGCUGUCGUAGCAGGGUGGAUGGUACACUGCGUGUACAAAUGGAUGAAUCCCACAUGCAACAAGGGGAGGCUCCCUCCUGGCUCCAUGGGUUUUCCUCUCGUUGGUAAAACUUUCCAGUUCUUCAAACCAAGCCCUUCUCUCGACGUUCCAGCCUUCUACAAGCAAAGGCUGAAAAGGUACGGGCCAGUUUUCAAGACGAGCCUGGUGGGGCAGCCGGUGGUGGUGUCCAUGGACGCUGAGGUGAACCGCUUCAUCUUCCAGCAGGAAGGCAAGCUAUUCAGGAGCUGGUACCCGGACACCACCAACAACAUCUUCGGCAAGGACAGCAUCGCCUCCUACGAUGGCUCCAUCCACAAGUACAUCCGUAGCUUCGCCUCCAGGCUCUUUGGCCUCGAGAGCCUCAGGGACGUGCUACUCGCUGAGAUGGAUCGGAACGUGGCGCAGAGCCUGGCAGCGUGGGCAACAGAGCCUCAAAUCGAGGUCAAGAACGCGGUAGCCAACAUGAUAUUUGAUUUAACAGCCAAGAAGCUGAUUGGUUUCGGCCCUGAGAAAUCAAGGAAACUGAGGAAGAACUUUGAUGCCUUCUUCCAGGGAUUGGUCUCCUUCCCGCUGUAUUUCCCUGGGACAACAUUCUACGGAUGCAUACAGGGAAGGAAAAAUGUGCAAAAGGUACUGAAGGACCUACUGAAAGAGAGGCUCAGUACACCUGAAAAGCGACAUGGUGAUUUCCUAGAUGAGGUAGUCGACGAACUAAAGAGUGGGAGUGGGAUGAUAAGUGAGAAAUUUGCGGUAGACUUUGUGGCCGCCCUCUUGUUUGCCAGUUUUGCUACGGUAUCGUCAUCGCUCUCGGUCGCUAUGAAGUUCCUCAGCGACUACCCCAAUGUAGUAGAAUCACUCAAGGAGGAGCAUGAAUCAAUCCUGAAGAAUAGAGAUGGUGCCAGUUCACGGAUUACAUGGGAAGAAUACAAAUCCAUGACAUUCACUGCCCAGGUUACAAAUGAGAUAGCUCGCGUCAGUAACGUGGCCCCUGGGAUAUUCAGGAAAACACUAACAGACGUGCAAGUGAAAGGCUACACGAUUCCCGCUGGAUGGUUGGUGAUGAUCAGUCCCAUGGCUGUCCAUCUGAACCCAGAAUUGUUCGAAGAUCCCCUGACCUUUAAUCCAUGGAGGUGGCAGGAUGAGUCAAAGAGGAGCGCUCUGUUGAAGAACUUCAUGCCAUUCGGAGGGGGCAUAAGGCUUUGCGUGGGAGCAGAAUUUAGUCGGAUUCAGAUUGCACUCUUCCUCCAUAACUUAGUGACUAACUACAGGUGGAAGGAGGUCAAAGGAGGCGACGUCCAACGCAUAUCAGAAAUCGUGUUUCCGGAGGGCUAUCACAUCCAGAUAAUCCCCAGGGCUCAAGCAAUUUAA